CCGUCACCCCAAACGCCUCGAUCCUGCCCCCCACCUCCGCACUCCUUGCCCCAACACCCCCGACUCUCGCGCGCGUGGCCGACAUCGCCGUUCCUGCUGUCUCCACCCCGUCCGCAGUCUUUGGCCAUCGGGGUUUGAGUCCUAGACAAAGAAGAAUCCCCUAGAGAGAGCUGUUGUUCUGCGCGAGUAGCAGAUGGCGAGGUUAAAGCCGAAACAGUUGCUAAUUCAAAGCAAGACGAAGAAGGGUCCAUCACGAAUCAGUUAUUCUAGCAUCAUCACCUGGAAACUGAUCGUCGUCUUGGUUGUGCUAUCUCUCUAUGCAACUUACAGGCAUUGGCAUCACAGGCCGGCCUUCGAGGCUGAAAUGGAUCUUCCUCGGGCUGAGAAUGUAGAAAGAUCUGAGGAUUCAACAAAAAUAAGUACCCCAAGCUACGUGAUAAUGGACACUUUGAAAGGCUCAAUUACCAUAGAAAUAUCCAAAGAUGCUUCUGCUGGUGUUGUGGACAGAUUUAUCAACUUAUGCAAGAGUGAUUAUUUUAAAGGAAUGCCAUUUCGUCAUGUCAUAAAAAACUCGGUAAUCCAUGGUGGUGAUUUUGAUUUGAAUGGAGCUGCCCAUGAAUGGAUACUGAAAGCCAAAGCCAGUGGAGAAAAUGCUCUCAGUCCAAAGCAUGAGGCCUUCAUGAUUGGGACUACAAGGAGUCCUAAUAGUAAAGGAUUUGAUCUAUUUAUCACGACUGCUCCAAUUCCUGACUUGAAUGACAAGAUCGUUUUGUUUGGCAGAGUUAUUAAGGGAGAAGAUAUUGUUCAGGAGAUUGAAGAAAUCGAUACUGAUGAGCAUUACCAGCCCAAAACCCCUAUAGGUAUCAUUAACAUCAGCCUUAUACAGGAGCUUUGAGCUGAUCCUGCUGCUGUACUUGUAUCAAGCAUCACCUGUCCGUAUACUCUUUAAGAAGGCAACUCCUGGCACUUUGUCCCAGUUCAUGCAGCAGCUGUGUAUAAAUUUAUACCUCUGCUUUUAUUUUCAAGCGGAGUUCAUGUGUUCA